CCCCGCAGCCACCUGCUGCUCCGCGCCCCGCAGCGCAGCGGGGCGGAGGCGGCGGCGGCCGCGCCCCGGCGAGAAGCGGAGCUGUCCGGGGCUCGGCCCUGUCCGUGGUGCUGCCCCCGCACACCCUCCCCGCAUCCCGCACAGCCUCCCGCAUCCCGCACACCCUCCUGCUCGCCCACCGGCGCAGCCCCCGGGCAUCCUGUUGCGCCGCGUCCACGGCCCCCGGGAGGGGGGGAGAAGGAGCGUUUUCUUUUGCGAAAGAGCCUCUGCCCAGGUUGAGAUGCGCUCGUGGCGCCGAACAAUGGCUGCGCUGCCCAGGCUGGUUUGUGCCUCUUCGGUCGCGUUGGUGCUCUGGGCCGGUUUUUGUUCUGCAGUAUGUGUGGAAGUUCCAUCAGAGACAGAGGCUGUCCAGGGAAAAGACAUGAAGCUCCUCUGCAUCUCCUGCAUGAAGAGGGAAGAGGUCACAGCCACCACGGUGGUAGAAUGGUUCUACAGGCCAGAGGGUGGAAAAGAUGAACCUAUCUACGAUUACAGGAACAAGAAUUUCCGUGAAUUCCCAAGCCGCUUCAGUGGCCGGUUACAGUGGAACGGGAGUAAAGACAUGCAGGACGUGUCCAUCACUGUGUUAAAUGUGACUCUGAAUGAUUCGGGUGUCUACACCUGUAACAUCACCCGGGAGUUUGAGUUCGAGAUUCACCGACCUCUCUUCACCAGCUCCAGACGGAUCCAGCUCACCGUGGUGGAAGAGGCUGGAGAAGACUUCACCUCGGUCAUCUCUGAAAUUAUGAUGUAUAUUCUGCUGGUCUUCCUCACCUUGUGGCUACUGAUAGAGAUGGUCUAUUGCUACAGGAAAGUCUCUAAGGCGGAGGAGGCUGCCCAGGAAAAUGCGACAGACUAUCUUGCGAUUCCAUCGGAAAACAAGGAAAACUGUCCCGUGCCUGUGGAGGAAUAGCGGGAAGGAGUCAGUGGAACAAACGGCACCAAAGGGCUCUGAAGACAGAAGGACCGUGUCCUGCCAGCCAGGUUUGAGGGGGAGCUCUGCGCCGUCGGGAGGAAAUACGGGGAAGUGUAAAUUCUCUUCCAUUUGCCUUGGACUCUGUACAGGCUUGACUUUGGCCUCAUGACUCCAUUCUGAGCUGCCGGCCCAUUGCUAAAGGACUCUUCUUUUGAAGCAUGCUGAGCAAGGGGCUCAGGGGUGUGGGCAGCACGGCUCCUUCCCAAGUUUCAGUCCCAUCAUCAUGUUAAUGGCUUUGUAAAUGUUAAGUGUCAUUUCUUAGCUGCUGUCACCACCACCUUUAUUUGCUAAAUACGCUAGUUCUCCAUUGCAGAGAUAAAGGGUAUGUAUGUCAUGUUACUCUGACCUGCAGGACUGGGAGUGAGGUCAUUUAGGGUGAUGUUUUACCGUUAAGUUACAGCCCGAGCAGGGGAAGAAAAACAGGAAGAAAUUAAUUAAUUAGUUGUUAUUUUGGACUUUGGGCUCUGCCAUUCACAGGCAGAGUAGGGUGAGGACUAUAAUUUAUCAGAAUUGAUGAAAAUAUGUAGUAGGAGGGAGAAGUCCCUGUGCCACAUCCAGCCUUGCUUCCGGAGGAGGGAACUGAGACUAUAGAUCCUGAAGCACUGCUUUGGGGGAGGAGUGUGACGUAAGUAUCAGAAUCCCCUGUACCCCCCAUCCCCUUUCCUUUAGCAAGUGGCAGAAUUCUUAGUUCUGUCACUUUCCCUCGUGUAGCAGGUUUGCUCCUCAAGCACCCAGAGACACAGCCAUAACUGGUAGGCCGAGGUUUGCAGUUCACCUGUUUCUGGGGGAACCCCCCCCGCCCCCCGUGAAAAAAAAA